GGCUGUGAAGCUGCGAGUAGUGGAGGCUGCAGAGCAGUGCCUGGCCAUGGCGAGCGUUCACGAGAGCCUGUAUUUUAACCCCAUGAUGACCAAUGGCGUAGUGCAUGCUAAUGUGUUUGGUAUCAAGGACUGGGUGACUCCAUACAAGAUCUCCGUGCUAGUGCUGCUGAGCGAGAUGACCAAAAACAGGGAGAUGGCAGCGGUGGAAAAGAGAAGGCUAAAAAAGCAGAUCCUGCCGCUUCUCCAGGGUCCGGACAUGUCACUUUCAAAGCUGAUUAAGAUUGUCAAUGAAUGUUGUCCAAAUGUGGCAAGUUCGCUGCAAAUCAGGAUAAAACUCAUGGCAGAAGGAGAGCUGAAAGACAUGGAGCAGUUUUUUGAUGAGCUUUCAGACUCAUUCUCAGGGACUGAACCCGACGUCCACAAAACAAGUGUUGUGGGUCUAUUUCGUCGCCACAUGAUCUUGGCCUACAACAAACUUUCAUUCAGUCAGGUGUAUAAAUUGUACACCUCACUGCAGAAUUACUUUCGGUGUGAUAAAGCUAAGAAGACGUCAAAGAAUGAAGAGGCAGAAAUGGAGCUCACCAACACUGAGGAAGAAGAUGAGGAGGAACAAGAAUUAGGUGAAGAACGAGAGAUGGAGAAAGAAGACCUUGACUGUCCUAUUGGAGACGAAGAAUUGGCAUGUAGUGGGCCUCUAUCCCAAAAGCAAGCGGAGUAUUUCCUUUCCCAUCAGGCCUCAUUACUGAAGAAUGAUGAAAGCAAAGCACUAUCACCUGUCUUGUUGCAAAAAGAGUUGAACAAUCUACUGAAGUUUAAUCCAGACUUUGCUGAAGCUCAUUACCUAAGCUAUUUAAAUAGUCUGCGUGUCCAAGAUGUGUUCAGUUCGACCCAUAGCCUGCUUCAUUACUUUGACCGUCUAAUCCUCACUGGUGCAGAAAGUAAGAGCAAUGGGGAUGAAGGUUAUGGACGGAGCCUACGAUAUGCUGCACUCAACCUGGCUGCACUCCAUUGUCGCUUUGGACAUUAUCAUCAAGCAGAGCUGGCCCUGCAAGAAGCCAUAAGGAUAGCACAAGAAUCAAGUGACCACGUCUGCCUGCAGCACUGUCUGAGUUGGUUGUACAUAUUGAAGAACAGAAAAGGUGAGGAUAGCAGUGUGUUUCUGGAACACUCUGUAAAGAAAGCUGUGCACUUUGGGCUGCCAUUCCUUGCUUCCCUUGGUAUUCAGUCUUUGGUCCAGCAAAGGGCAUUUGCAGGAAAGACUGCAGAUAAACUUAUGGAUGCACUUAAAGACGCCGACCUUCUCCACUGGAAGCACAGUUUAUCUGAGCUAAUUGACAUCAGCACUGCUCAGAAGACAGCGAUCUGGAGAUUGUAUGGACGCAGCACGAUGGCAUUGCAGCAAGCACAGAUGCUCCUCAGUAUAAACACUUUGGAUUCCGUUCAUGUGAGCGUCCAGCAGAAUAACACUGAAUCAUUUGCUGUCGUUUUGUGUCAUCUUGCAGACCUACAUGCGGAACAGGGCUGUUUUUCUGCUGCUUCUGAGAUCUUAAAACAUUUGAAAGAAAGGUUCCCUCCAAACUCCCAGCAUGCAAAGCUGUGGAUGCUAUUUGAUCAGAAAAUACAGUUUGAUCGAGCUAUGAAUGACGGGAAGUAUCACAUUACUGAAUCACUUGUGACUGGAAUUACAGCCCUCAACAGCAUUGAGGGAUUAUACAGGAAAGCCGUUGUUUUGAAAGCACAAAACCAAACGGCAGAAGCUCAUAAAAUUCUACAGGUGCUACUGAUUCACUGUCAGAAAGUAAAAAACAUGGAGAUGGUUAUAAGAGUCCUUCUAUCCUUAGCAGAGCUCUACUGGAGAUCUUCAUGUCACCCAGUUGCAUUGCCUGUCUUACUCCAAGCACUAGCCCUAUCUAGGGAGUACCGUUUACAGUACUUGGCCUCAGAGACGGUGCUAAAUGUGGCUUUUUCACAGCUGAUGCUUGGCAUUCCAGAGCAAGCCCUGAAUAUUCUGCAUAUGGCAAUAGAGCCCAUACUGGCUCAUGGUGCCGUUCUGGAUAAGGGCCGUGCAAUGUUUCUUGUGGCUAAAUGUCAGGUAGCCUCAGCAGCAUCAUAUGCACCCCAUAAAAAGACUGAAGCAUUGGAAUCAGCCAUUGUAAAUCUGAACGAAGCUAAAACAUACUUUUGUAAAGUGGACUGCAAAGAACAGAUUCGAGACAUCCUGUAUAUGCAAGCCAGGCUGUACAAUAGUUUAGGGAAAAUUCAAGAGCGAAACAAGUGUGCCAUGCUCUUCCGACAGAUCCAUCAGGAGCUGCCAUGCCACGGGGUCUCAUUAUUAAUCAGUCUAUAAAGUUUUUUAAAAUGCCAGCCAUGGUUUACUAGGUCCUUGAUUGCAUGGUCGGAUAGCAGUCUUAACAUGCAGGAGUUAAAUUCAUCUCUGUGUUCAGACCUCCUUUUAAGGAUACCAUAAUACAAGACAAUUUGCCUAGGUUUAAUAAUGUUCCAAUAUUUUACAUUAUCAGGACACUGGUUGUUAAAGGACCAUACACUGAAAGGAAAAUAAUCUCCAUUGGUGGAAAUAGUUUACCACUCUCCACUCUUGUCAAUAUCGUUUAUGUGCAUUGUGUAUAUUUUGUUCAAUAUCUAACAAAAUGUUCUGGCCAUAGGGUCUAUUUUUUUUACAAAUGAGCAAAAAAUAAAUAAAAAAAAUGGCUAUACCUGUUAUGACUGGUGGAGCAAAAUCUCUCCUUUUGGAAUCCAGAUUUCAAGGGGUUAUUCCGGAAUUGAUAAUGAUGACCUAUCC